AUGUUCAAAUUCCCAGGAGUUGCCUUCAUUACUGGCGCUGGAGGGACUGGCAUUGGCGCUGCAGUUGCAAAGGGGUUCGCACGGUCAGGAUGCUCAAGAAUUGCCAUCACAGACCUCAAUAAGCAAUCACUGGCGGAUACGAAAGAUGCCAUUUUGCAACUCAACUCCAAGGCACAGGUUUUAAGCCAAGAAGGCGACAUUUCAGACGAAAGUUUUGUCAACUCAUUCGUCGGCGACAUUGCUAAAAGGUUUUCGCGCAUUGACUACUCAGUAAGCUGCGCUGGUAUACUUGGCAGCUCACUACGGUCACACGAAACGUCAACAGCCGCUUUUGAUCUCAUUACCAAUGUGAACUACAAGGGGAGUUGGUUGACUUCUCGGGCAGUUUUGAGCCAUAUGCUUGACCAGCAGCCUCAUGAAGAGCACCCAGAGCAACGAGGAGCAAUCGUCAACAUUGCGAGUCAGCUCGGUAUUGUGGCACGGCCGGCGGCGGCUCCGUACUGUGCAUCGAAAGCCGCAAUCAUCAAUAUGACGCGGUCAGAUGCCAUCGAUUAUUCUCAGGACAAGAUUAGGGUCAACUGCGUUUGCCCGGGCGUAAUCGCCACGCCAAUGACGACAGCGUCAGAAGAGUUGGUGCAACGGCUGAGACCCGCAAUCGACAUUGCGCCCAUGAAGCGCAUGGGGACACCCGAAGAAGUGGCCAACGCGGUGUUGUUUCUGUGCUCAAGCCAGGCUAGCUUCGUCCAGGGCCAUGCUCUGGUAGUUGACGGAGGCUACACCAUCAACUGA